CAUAACAACCCUGCGCAGGCAGCUAGGAAUUACAGUUCAGUGGCAAAGUGACAAGCAAAAAUACAAAAUGGUCCUGGAAAGUACUAUGAUAUGUUUUGAUAACAGUGAUUACCAGCGCAAUGGUGACUACUUUCCCACCCGUUUAAAUGUACAAAAAGAUGGUAUCAACCUUGUCUGCCUCACCAAGCUGAGAUCCAACCCAGAGAAUAAUGUUGGUCUAAUGACCCUAUCAAACACCGUCGAAGUGCUGGCUACACUAACCAGCGAUGUGGGUCGCAUAUUCUCAAAGAUGCAUUUGAUUCAGCCAAAGGGCGAAAUAAACCUUCUAACCGGAAUUCGUAUUGCCCAUUUGGUGUUAAAGCAUCGUCAAGGUAAAAAUCAUAAAAUGCGCAUAGUUGUCUUUGUAGGCUCACCGAUAAACAACGAAGAAGGGGAGCUUGUUAAGCAGGCCAAGCGUCUGAAGAAGGAGAAGGUUAACGUAGACAUUGUAAGCUUUGGCGAUCACGGAAACAAUAUUGAAACCUUGACGGCUUUUAUAAACGCUCUGAACGGAAAAGAUGGCACCGGCUCCCAUUUAGUUAGUGUUCCCAGAGGCUCGGCUCUGUCAGAUGCCCUAUUGUCGUCGCCCAUAAUACAGGGCGAGGAUGGUAUGGGUGCAGCUGGGCUGGGUGGUGCCGUAUUCGAAUUUGGUGUUGAUCCCAAUGAGGAUCCGGAACUGGCUCUUGCCUUGCGCGUCUCAAUGGAGGAGCAGCGCCAACGCCAAGAGAGCGAGCAGCGUCGCGACAAUGCUGGAGGUGCUGAAACUGCAGCUCCCUCGAUAGCAACUAGCGGAGAGAGUGGCACAGGUGCGCCACCCGUAACUCUUCCCAGUUCCAACUCGGAAGAGGCGAUGCUGCAACGUGCACUAGCUUUGUCGACCGAAAAUCCAGAGGAUAAUUUACCAGAUUUCGCCAAUAUGACCGAAGAGGAGCAAAUUGCGUUUGCCAUGCAAAUGUCUAUGCAGGAUGCUGCUGAUGAUAGCGUUACCCAACAAGCCAAACGUCCCAAAACUGAUGAUGCCUCUGCCCCAAUGGAUGUCGAUGAGGACUAUUCGGAGGUUAUUGGUGAUCCGGCAUUUUUGCAGAGCGUUCUUGAAAAUCUGCCUGGUGUAGAUCCACAAUCGGAGGCAGUGCGCGACGCUGUUGGUUCUCUCAAUAAGGACAAGGACAAGAAAAACGAUGGCAAGGAUGAACAAAAGAAGUGAACUCCUAUCUCCACGUUAUAAAUAUAUAUAUUUAAAUUUGCAUUAAACAGAAAUCAUAAGUGAGCUAACAUCUCUAAUACAAUGUGCAGAUUAUGUUCAUGCUUCUAAUAAAACAAACAUACAUAUAUUAUCA